AUGUAAGUUGAUUAUGAGGAGCUUCUUAAACGAUUUCGAUAUUCCUAUGUUAAGCCAAAUGCUUAAUUAAGACAAUAUUUAUAAUCUCUACCUUCUGACUAGUAUCCUGAUUUGUUCCAAAAGAUUGAAAACUUAAACUAUGAUGCUUAAAAAAUCAAAAGAUUAUUGAGAAUGCUCAAAAAACCAUAACAAAUACCUCAAUAUUUUGAUCUUAAAUUAAGGAAUAAGUUAAAAAUUAAUGAAAAUGUACCUCAUGAAAUUGUUGACUUUAAUAAGAAACACACAUUAAUUUUAACAUCUCAACAAUAGGGAUAAUAAUUAUUUGAUAAAUUAAAGGAAGAAUUUUUUGUAGAUUCCAAAAUCAGAAAGAGUGGUAUGUCUAUUUUAAUUUUAUUAAAGAUUCUCUAACAUUCAAGCAUCAAUUCUAUAAGGCAUUAUAGGAUAAUUUGACAAAUUAAUGUAUUGAAUAAUGUCUUCGUUUACUAAAGAGAUCUGAAUAAAAUAUGGAUACAUUAUAAAUAGUACUAAGUGAAUUAGUUAACACAGAAUAUGAUAUUACACCACAAUUAGGAUCAAUUCAUAAUGCAUUGACAGAAUUUAUUAAAAAUGAUUUAUCAAUCACAUGUUUAAAAUUAGCACAUUCUUGUGUAAAAGGUGAUUUAACUAUAGCAGUUUAAUUUGUAGGUAAAAUGAUUUAAGGUACUCAUGAUGAAAAUAGAAAAUUUGCAUUUCUUGGUACUCUUCCUCAUAAAUGUGAAAAAUAAGUUGAAAUUAUAUAUAAUUUGGCAACAAUUCUAAAUGAUGACUAAAAAGUAUUUGAUAUGGUCAAAAGAAUGAGAGAUCUAUAAAUACCCUUAGGUAAUUGGGCACAUUUAAAGAAAUUAUUAAGUAUCAAUAAAUAUACAAAUACAUUUGUAUCAUUAUUGGUUGUGGAUUGGUUAUUAGAAAAGAAAUAGGAAUCAAAUAGUAAAGAUUUAGAAUCUAUUAUGGAAUAAAUAGUUAAUGGAUUAGCUACAAAUGUAAAUUAAUAUAUUUAAUAUUUUUUAGUUUAAGAAUUUUGCUAAAGUAGUUACUUAACCAGUUAUGUUCUUAGCUUAAUUAAAAUGUGUUGUUUUAUAUGCACUAUUUUGUGAAGAUGAUGCACCAGCUAAAUUAAUGAUUACUAUUAAUGAAAAUUUGAAUAAAAAUACUGAAAUCUUCAAUCCAAAAAGUCAUUUAUGUUAAUUAAAGUAUUUAAUAUCACCAUCAUGUUAAAAUGAAAGUUAAUUAUUUUUGGAUUGUUUAUUUGUAUAUUAGGCAAUUACAUAUGAUGAAAAUGAUUAAUUCAAUUAUUUAUUACCAUUAAUAAUAUUAAUAGCAUUUAGUGGUAAAGUUAAGAAUAGUGUAAAUAUUAAAUAAUCAUUAGAAUUAUUAACAUUAUUUAAAGCAAUCGAUAUUAAUAUACUUUAUAAUAAAAUAUUUAAGACAUUACAUGAAUUUUUAUAUUAAAUUAAUCCAUAUUAAGGAGAAGGAAUCAAUUUUAGAAAAGAUAGAUUAAUACAUUUUGUUAGAUUGAUGAUGGUUUAAAUUGGAAAUACAUAAAUUGAAUCACCUCAAUAUAUUUACACUACCUUUUCUCAUACAUUUAUUUCUCAAUUACAUUAUAAAUUACCAAAAUAUGAUAUCGAUGUUAAUCCUAUUACUUGGUUUACUAAUCACGGAUUAAUGAGCAAUAAUAUAUAUACAGUUUAAUCUACAAUUAAUUAUUGUAGACUUCUAGUUGAAUAAGGAUAUAUAAAUGAAAUUGUUAAACCAAUUGAAGAAUGGUUGAAUCCAUAAAACAUUAAUAAAUUAAAUAGUUUAGAUCAUUUAGAUGAAUAAUUGGAAUAAUUGUAAAUUGAAUAAUAUGAUCAUACUAUUUUAUAAUAAUCAGGAUUAAAAUGGUUGACUGAUAAUAAGCCAGUAGAUGAAGCUGAAAUGUAAUUAUAAUAAGAACUAAAAAAAUUUGAAAAUAAUAAUGCAGUGCUUAUGGAUGAAGGAGAAGCUAAGUAACAAAUGUUAUUGAAAUAAAAAAAUAAGAUGUGUUAAUAAUAUUCAUUAUGUUUACAAUUAUUUGAAGGUCUUCUUCACACUAAAGCCAAAGAAUAAUUUAUUACAAAAUAUUUUGAUAAAAUAUCUGCUUUUGCUAAAGAAAUUUAAACUAGAUAUGAUUGUUGUAUGUUUUUACUCAAGUAUUUUGAAACUAAUCCCUUAUUACAAUAAUUUAAAUGGCCUCUUACAUACUUCUUUUUAGAACGUAGUAUGAAUACUAUCCCUAGUGAUAAGAUUAUAGAAAAAAUUAAUUAAUUUUAAGAUUGUCUUUUGAAAGACAUCAAAAAUCCACCUAUUCAUUUAAUUCAUUUAAUGAAUUUAUACAUUAUUAACUAAAAUUCCUUUACUCCUAUUACUAAGUUCAAGACUUUUGCAAUCAUUCUUAAAUAUAAAGAUUAAUUAGCUAUUAAAGAAUAUUUUACACCAUUUGUUCUUAACAUUAAUAUUUGUGGACAUGCCAAAAAUGCAGGAUAAGUAUUGCAAUUAAUUUUCAAUAAAGAUAGUGAAGAACAUUAUCAUUUAUUCUUUAAUAAUAUUUUGAAUCUUGUACCUGAAGCUUAAAAUUUAAUUUUAAAAACAAUACCAAGUUUACCUGAUAAUUUUGACAUUCAUAUUAAAGUCAGAGUAUUAGCAGAAUUUGAUGAAACAAAAGAAGCUGCCUAACCUUUUGUAGAUAAGGAAUUUAAAGUCUUAAAUUAACUCUAAAAAUGGGACAUUGUAAGUUUUGUCAAGAAAUUCCCAAGGGAACAUAGUGAAUUCAUGAUUAAUAUAUUAAAUGAUGUAAAUGGAUUCCCAGAGAUGAUAAUAUAAGCAGCAUCUAAAUUGGUUGUUGAUUAAUAAUUAUAAGAAGAAUAAUUAGAAUUCUUUCCAUAUUUUGUUAGUAAAUAAUUAAACACUUAUCCUAAAUAAUUAAUUGGUAAAACAAUAGAUUUAUUAAUUCAAUAUUCAUCUACUCCAGAAAGAUAAUAAUUAGCUGUAUUAUGUAGAGAAGCAGGAGUCUAAUUAAUUAAAUGUGUAGGUAAAGAAAAUUCUAAUGAUAUUUUGAAUUAAAUUGAAAAUCAUCUUUAAUCAAAAAAUACUUGUGCAUCUAUACGUGCCAUAACAUUUUUAGGUGUUUUGUCUUAAUUUUUAUAAGGACACAAUUAACGUAAAACUUAAGAAUAGAUUGUCUAAUUAUUUAGAAACAGUGACAAAGAUUCAUAAUUGGAAUUAGCUCGUUCUUUAUAAGAAUUAUUAAGUUUUUUCCCUGAUACUGAUAAUUUAGUUAUUGAAUUAUUGAAAUCUAACAAACAAGAAAAAGAUGAAAAAGUAAAGAGAGGAAAUGCAUAUAUGAUUGCAGGUUUAAUAAAAGGUUUGGGUGUAGAAAUGAUGGAAAAAUUGGGUAUUUUGGAAUUAUUAGAAGUCAAAGAGAAAAAAGAGAGUGUAGAGGAUAAAUUCUAUGUUCUAAUAUAAUUAUAAGCAAUGAUUGAGAUUUUUUAAAAGACAAUAGAACCAUAUGUAUUAAAAGUGAUGGGCAUUUUAAUGAAAUAUUUUGGAGAAGGUAGAGUGGAAGUACGUAAUUUAGCCAUGACAAAUGCAAGUAGACUAUUGUAAUCCCUCUCAAGUUAUGGUGUUAAGAUUAUGCUUUAACCAUUACUUGAAGGUCUAGAUUCAGAUACUUAAUGGAGAGCUAAAGUUGCAAAUAUUUGGGCAUUAGGACAUUUGGCACAUUGUUCACCAAAAUAAUUAUCAAGUUGUCUUCCUUAGAUUGUUAAUUCAAUUUCUAAAGCUAUUUCUGAUACUCAUCCUGAUGUAAAAGCAGAAGCUAAUAAAUCAUUGAAUGAAAUAGGAUCUACUAUUAAAAAUCCUGAAAUUUCAAGUAUUGCAGAUAUACUCAUUAUCUCAUUAUCAAAUCCUUAUGAUGAGAAUUUAAGAGGAUUAUAAGUUGUAUUGGAAACAAAGUUCAGACAUUAUAUUGAUGCUCCUGCUAUGUCAUUAUUGAUUCCAAUUAUAGAUUAUGGUCUUAGAGCAUAAGACAGUGAUUAAAGAAGAUAAGCUUCUAUUUUAAUAGGAGGUUUACCUCAUCUAAUAUAGAAAAGUGAUGAUUUAGUACCAUAUAUGAAUUUGAUAACUGGUGGAUUGGAAGUAGUAAUUGGAGAUCCUUUAUUGGAAGUGAGAACAGUUGCAGCAAAAGCAAUUGGUUAAUUAUCACAAAAGAUUGGAAUUGAAAAUACUAAGACUUUUUUUAAAUUUAUAUGGGAUGUAUUGGAGAAUAAAGAAGCAAGUACAAAUAAGAGAUCAGGUGCAGCACAUGCAUUUGCUGAGAUUUCUUGUAUUCAUGGAGAUAAUUAUUUAGAGGAAUAAUUAUAAUUUAUAUUCAGUUAGAUAUAGAGACCAGAAAUAUAUGUUAAGGAAGGAUAUAUAGGAAUAUUUAUUUAUAUUCCAAGUAUUUUAUAAUAGAAAUUUGAAAAUUAUGUUAAAGAUGUAAUUGAAAAUGUUUAUGAAUGUGUAAGUCAUGAAGAUGAUGUAGUAAGUAGUAUAACAUUAAGAGUAUUAAAGAUUUUAAUUAAGAAUUUUGGUAUUUUAUAGAAUGAAUUAUUGUAUCCAUCAUUGACAGAGACUAUGUUAAAUGAGGAUGCAAAGAAACGUAAUGCAGGAACUAUUUUAAGUGGAGAAAUGCUCAAAAUAACAUAAAAAUAUGUGUUUGCUUAAUUAAAUAAUCCAGAUAGUCAACAAUAUAUUAAUAUUGAUUUAUAUUAUUUGAAUUUGAUGACAUUAUAUACAAUGUAAUAGGAUGUUGCAGAUAUUGUCAGAUAAAAUGCAGUUGCAAUUUGGAAGGAAUUUAUAGAUAAUACUCCUAAGACUUUGAGGAAAGGAUUGAAAUAAUACGUUAUUUAAUUAUGUAAUAUUAUGAGUAGAGAUCGUGUUAUAUAGAAUGGUAUUAAUAGUAUUAGAAAUUUCUGUGAAAAAUAUGGAGAAACUUAAAUGAGUGAAGCAUUUAAUCAUAUAGGUUUUGUCCUAUAAAAUUACUAACACAAUUUAUCAUUAGUUAAGGGAGCUUAUUCAGCAUUAAAUCAAAUUUAUAUUCAUAUAUCUUUAGAUAUAGCUACAAGAUAUAGAGAUCAAUUUAUUGAAUAUUCAAGAUUGUAUAUCUUUUGUUAAGAUAAUUUGGUUAAAUCUUAAUUAUUUUAAUCAAUAGGUACAAUGAUUAAUAAAGUUAAGUAAACUACAUUUGUUGAAUUAAUAAUUGAACCAUAUUUAAAUGACUUAUCUAAUAUGAAUGAAAAUGAUCCUAGAUAUUCAGGAUAUUUAGAAGUAUUUUCCAGAUUAUGUUAAUUGAAUUAGACUUUAGUAUUGCAUUAUUUGAUAGUGUUGAUUUUGGUACCACCUUUACAUUAAUUCAAAAUUGAUAUUCUAACUAAUAAUGCAUCCACAUUCUCUAGUGUCAUAUAUAAAAAGUAUGAAAACAAAAUACCAAUCCAGAUAUUGUUUAAUGAUCUCUAUUUAUGUGCUGAUUUCAAUGAUCAUAAUGAAUGGAAUGAUAGAACUGAGUCUCUCAUCUAUUGUAUUUAAUAAUUGAGUAUUCACAUCAAAUCUGAUAUUGAAAAUUAUUUAGCAAUAUUUAUAGAAGAUAUUCUUAGAUAAUUAUAAACUAAAAGUAAACCAAUUUUUGAAUCUGAAGCAUAACCUAAUGACUAUAAACAUUGUCUUAUUCCCUUAGAAGUAUUAUAAUACUUCUUAUAAAAUACAUCUGAAGAUCAUCAACAAUUCUCUUAAGCAAUUAUUGAAAAAGUGGCUCCAUUUUUAUAUUUAUAAUCAACUAGCCUUUCUAAAGAAUAAAGUGAAAAAUUCUAUAGUUUAGCCAAUAAAAUCAUUUAUGCAAUCAAUAACACAUUAGAUAAGCAACAUCAUUUCGACAAUAUGCGUAACAUACACACUUGUUUUAUGAAUCGUAUCAAUAUACAUUAAAUACCUGGACUCAGUAUUUAAGAUGGAGCAGGAAUAUAACCAUAUGUUUCAAUGCUCAUUGAUAGUUUUGUAUUUGGCAAAGAGGAAACAUUCAAAUAUGCCUAUGAUUUCAUGAAAAUUCUUAUAAGAUCUGCUGAAUAAUAAUAACUUCAAAUUUAUAUUCUUAAAUUGGUUGGUGCACUUAUACGUAUUUUAAAUUAUAAAGGAAAUAAUGAAAUGAAAGUUUUAGCAUUAUAAUUAAUACAAUAAUCCCAAGAGAAAGGACUUUAACUUUAAUAAUUUAAACCAUAAUUGACUAUAACAUAUGAAAAAUUAAUAGUAGACAUUAACUUAGUAGAGAGAGGAUUAAAAUAAUUGUCAAAGAAUUAUAGUUUAUUCCUUAAAUUGCAUGAUAAAAAAGUAUAAUUAUUAUUUUAAUCAUAAUAGGAUUUAAUUAUGAAUCAACUCUUUAAUAAGGGUGUAUAAAGUGCUACUUAAGAGGCAAGAGAAUGCCAUUUAAAGAUAGUGAAGAAGGCAAUUAAAGAUUAAUAAGAGUAGGUAUAUUCUUCUGCUGUCUUAGAAAGGUUUUUUACUCUUUCUAAAUAAUAUUUUGAGAAGUGUAUUCAAAGUUAAAGAUUUGAUGUUGCUUCUCCUUGUGAAUUAAAUCGUUUAGGUAUUUAUAUGUAUUAUAUUCAAUUAGCUCAUAUACUUGCAUUAACAUACAAUUACACUAAUAAAAAUAAUAAAGAAUAAUAUGUUUAGAAGUACAUUAAAUUUGAUCAAUAUGGUUUGCUAUUAAGAUUACAAUUUGUCAGAUAUUAAAAUAAAGAAUUAAUACCUGAAACAAUAUCAUAUGCAAUUGAAUAAAUCAAUACUAAUGAGGACAUGUCUUAUGUGCUUUAAUUAUUGAGAACCUUAAGAAAAUUCCCCAAUCUAUAAGUUAAAUAAUAAUUAAAGCCAAAAUUCAUGGAGACUCCAGAUAUUUUAAGUGCGUUAUCAAGAUUAUAAUGAU